AAAUCAAGAACAAGCUUUUCUAAGAGAUUUUUAUUGAAUAAAAAGAAUGCUUUUAGAGGAAGUUACAGAUGCACAAUUGAGUGAAGAUGUUUCAGAAACAUCUACUGAUUUAUCGGAUUUUUGCUCAGAAGAUGAGUCAAUAUUAGAUGAAUCAUUUUUAGAACGUGUUCAGGCUUUAAAGGACAUUAUUCCGGGGGUUUUUCGUGCAAAGAUUUAUCAGAAAGUAACAUCAUUUGUAUCAGCUAUUCGAUCGAUUUUACGUUUUGGAGGGAAAACAUUAUGGGUUUUAGCAACAAGUGUUUUAUUACUUGGAACACCCUUAGUUCUUGCAAUUGAAGAAGAAGAGAAAAUGAUUGCAUAUGAUAAGGAAUUUAAGAUGCAACAAAAGGCACAUGAGGUUCUUGCACCGGGUACAUCAAGUGCGGCGUUUUCGCCGCCUGUUCCUCAACGAUCAGGGUCUUUAAUUUAAAAUGGAUAAUUUGAAAUAAAUGGGAUUAUAAAUCAUGAUAUUUAGA